AUGCCUUCUCUCCAACAUCAAAUCACCGACCCAGAAAAAGCCACCCACACACCCAAAGCGCCGCACCACAUACACAUCCCCCGAUGGCACCAUACCCUACACCCCUCGCUAACCAAACAAGCUGCAAGAAACGCUCUCCCAACGGGCAUUGCACAUAUCUUCCACCCCACACACGCUGUGUUUACUGUAGCGCAGGAUGGAGCGGAGCAGCGCUGGUUCUCGCGCUGGCAUCGCAAAAGGCUUUACAAACGCCCUCCGAAUCAAAUUGGUUCAUUCUGGGCACGCAUAGCGAAUAUGCGAAGGUUAGAAUACUGGAAUGUAAGCUGGUGGGUUGCAAUAUCCUUCACUCUAGGAAGUAUAGUCUGGGUAAUAAACGGCUUCGCGGCCUUCCUCCCCUUCACCGACUCCUCAUUCACAAAGGCACCCAAUAGCCAGGGAUGGACCGCCUUCCUCGGUGCGACCAUCUUCGAAAUUGGCUCCAUAUUCGGGAUUUGGGAGGCGUGGAAUCGGGACGACGCGACGCACUUUGGCUGGAACGCGAAGCGCGCUUUGUUCACUCACAAACUAGAAAAAGGGGGUGGUAAAGAAGGCUUGUCGGAGUCCGAGUCGGGGUCGAGGUCGCCUGUGUCUAUGCCUGUGUCGGAUGCAGAAGAAGAGGACGAAUCUGCCCCGGAGCAUCGUUGGAUAUGGUUCUCCACAAACGGCAAGUUCUUCCGCGAGCUAGGGUUUCUCGGUGCGUUUUCCCAGUUGGUAGCAGCGAGUAUAUUCUGGAUCAGCGGAUUCACAGCAAUACCCAAUAUCCAAGAAAAGUUGAUGGACAACCAAGGUCUCAAUGACGGUAUUUAUUGGACGCCGCAGGUAAUUGGUGGGACCGGGUUCAUGAUAAGCGGAACAUUUAUAAUGCUCGAAGCACAAAAAAUAUGGUGGAAACCUAAUAUAACAUCUCUCGGAUGGCAUGUAGGAUUCUGGAACUUUAUCGGCGCAGUCGGAUUCACACUAUCGGGCGCAUUUGGAUACGCAGCGACAGCGAGCAGCGGGGCAGAAUUCGAGAGUGCCCUGUCGACAUUCUGGGGCGGAUGGGCUUUCCUGAUCGGGAGUAUUGUGCAGUGGUAUGAGUGCGUUAAUUCCGUGUCGUAG